AUGACCAGGGCAGAUGACCAGGAUGUUUCCCCUGUCUCUAAUGGAAAGGCCAUCACGCAGGAUGUGUCCUGCAACCUACUGACUUCCUGGAGAGACUCUGAGUCCCUGGACAGUUGUAUCCAGAGCACCUUGUCUGCGCUGUACCCUCCAUUCAGUGCCACUGCGUCCACCGUCCUGUGGCAGCUGUUCAGCGUGGUGGAGAGGCAGUACCGUGGGGACGGACUCCGAUGUCUCAUCGACUUCUUACUUCCUGCCAAGAGGAUCCUGCAGAGCAUCCAACAAGAGACUUGUGUGCGUUUCCACGGCCGGCUGUUCUAUCAUGAGGGUUGGCCCUUCUGCAUCAACGAGAAGGUGGUCUUGCAGCUCGCCCCGCUCCAUAAGGUCCGUCUGAAGCAGGGAGACUUCUACCUACAGGUGGUUCCUCUGGGCCGCAAGGCUGCCAAGCUGGUCAUAAAAUGUCUGUCGGCCAGCGGCCAGGCCAUCGCAGAGAUCCCCGUCCCAGAGAGCAUGUACGGCAGCGUCUUCACCGCUGACUUCCUGCAGAAUGUGACGCGCGAGCGCAACCUCCACCCGCUGCAGAACUGGUUGCUCACCACCGGCACCGUCGUGUACCGGACGCCGUGGAAGAACGUGGUGAAUCCUCUGUUCGUCAGCAGCACGACAGACGCCAUCAUGCAGACGCGGGGCGACAGCACGGGCUUCCGUGGCCAGCUCAGCGCCUGCAGUACCAGUGGAUCCACAGGGACCCUGGACUCCCAUCGCAGCUCCCACGAAUCACUACACUCCCAGGGGGCAGACUCUACCUUCUCAGAGCCUGCUAUCCUGAGCAGGCGGGUCCAUGUAAUGGACCCCAGCAGCACUAGUUGCAGGUCCCAACAGGAUCCCAACCCAGGACUUCACCGGAUGGAGAACCACAAUCAGAACCACAGCCUGAGAGCAGCUCCUGCCUCUCACUCCUGCAGCCCACAGACAGACAGGCUGGCUGGGGAGGGUGGUGGUUGUCCGGGGAAGGGCCAGUGGGAGGGGGAGGAGGGCCAGGGUGGGACCAGAGAGAGGACCAGGACCCUGUCGUUCAGCACCGACCUCAGUAACCCCAACCCUCGCCGCCCCCGCCACGCCAGGGACUCUGUGUCCUUCGAGACCCGGAGACUGUUCCGUAAGUCCUACAUGGAGGCCCUGCAGAACCCCAUGAACCUGGGCUCUAGCUCUGAGUCCAUCCUGGAGGAAGGACCAGAGCACAGUCCUGCAUGCCCAGGUCUCAGCCCACUCAGCCCCAGAGAGGAUGCCUCAUCUCCAGCUACGACCCCUGGUAGCAGCCCCUCCACCCCCACCACCCAGAGAGAGCAGGGGCCCCGUGGGCUCAGGCUAGGGGGGACCAGGGCAUGGCUGGGUGGGGACCUCGACUCCCCCCGACUCUCUCCCAGCACACCUCUCCUGUACCUCCAGAGGGGUCUGAGGAACGCUGGGGCCCUGGAGACCCGGGCAGAGAGGCGCUCCAAGUCUCUAGAGAGGACUAACAAGGCGGCCCAGGUCAAAGGGCACCGGGCGCGCUCCUCCUCCGGGGGCUCGGCCAGCAGUGGAGUCUUCUCACCAAAGAAGCUGAUGAACGGAUACGCCCUGCGCUUCGGACGGCUGGACCUGGAGGCUGCCUUCUCCAGCUCAGACAGGAGGAGCAGUGUUAGAGAGGAGACAGUGAGCCAUGAAGGUGGCACCAGCACUAACCCCAGGCGGCACAGUCAGGAUGGAGCACAGUCACACCAUCACCCCCCCAAACCUUCUAAUGAACCCCCUAACUGUCACCUCCCCAGCCUGGUGUCAGAGGUCAACCCCGAACUACUGGCCUCUGGGGCCAUCAUCUUACCUGGUAACAGAGACCUCAGCGGGCGGGCGGUGCUGCAGGUGUGCACGCGGGGGAGGGUGUGGGCUGGGGAGAGCUGCACGGCCAAAGACCUCACCUGUCUCCUGGGUUACUACUAUUCAACGCUCCGGAGCGAGAGGCGGGACCAAGGCCUUACGGUGCUAGUGGACACCAGGAGACAGCAGCCCAGUCCUGCUCUGUUCUCAUCUCUGUCUGAACUCCAGGUGAGAGCUUUCUAA